UUUGCUGUGUUGUCAGAAACAUUCACUGGUAAUCCACUCGGGGGAAAAAAAAAACUCAGAGUGAGACCUCGCUUCAUCUUACCUGCUCAGGUGUGAGUAGCUCAAGACAUCCACCUGAGCAGGUAAGUUACCUGACUAGCUCCACGUGACGUUGUUAUCCAUCCGCUGAGAUUUGAGGAAACUCAAAUUGACUUUAUCACUGCAGGAAACAAGCUGAUUUCUUCACUCUUUAAAGGAUCUUCGGCAGACAUGGAUAAGUUGAAGUCGGUUUUAAGCGGUGAAGAGGCGAGCAGAGAUGACAGGACCAUUUUAGAGACGGUGAAUGACGCCUCCACUUUAGGCUGGGGGACUCGUCUGAAGGGCUUCGUCGCCUGCUUUGUGAUUGGGGCCGCGUGCACAGUUUUGGGAGUGUGUUUGCUCUUCAUCCCCAAGAUUGGAAUCACUCUCUUCAUCGUUUUUUACACCUUUGGAAACAUCUGUACUCUGGGCAGCACCAUGUUUCUGAUGGGUCCAAUGAAGCAGCUGAAGAGGAUGUGUGACAAAACAAGAGCGCUGGCCACAACAAUAAUGCUUACGUGCCUUGUGUUGACGCUCUGUGCAGCUUUCUGGUGGAAGAACUUUGGCCUCGCUCUUUUAUUUGUUAUCUUGCAAGUCUUGUCGUUCACCUGGUACAGUCUGUCGUACAUCCCAUUUGUGAGGGAUGCAAUACUGAAGUUGGUGUCGAUCAGCAUGAGGUGAACUCGGUCGUUGUGAGGAGGACUCUGGUUAAAUGAAGAGGAUUUUAUAAAAGAGGGGGGCCGGUCUCUUAAAGAAACUUCUGAAACAGCAGAGCAAUGCAACAUGUUUAUGUCCAAAAAUGUUUAAUUUAAAUUUGGAUAUUUUGAUCAUUGAAACGAUAUUAUUUUUUAAUAAGUGUGGUCUUGGUUUGUAAUAUUUGUAAAUAUUUGUAAUAAAUGAGAAUUAUAAUGAUUUUGUAAA